UGCUGGGUUGGGCGAAGCCCAUGACUGGAAUGGUGAACUCUAUCAGGGCCAUCCGGGCCAUCCGGGCCAUCCAUCCUUCGACGAUACAGAUUGGCAUAGUGAUGAUCUUGGAGUCUAUCAACCAGAACUUCCAGAUGCAUAUUCGAACUUCAAUGGCUUUAAUGACUUCAAUGACUUCAAUGAUGCCGGGUUCUACGACCAUGUCGUGCAUCACGUGUAUCAUGUGCAUCAUGUGGGUGAUACGACCUCACUGUCCCACGUUGACUGUCAUGCAGGAUUGGAUCACUACGAUGAUUGGUCGCCUGAGAUGAAAGCUCAUUGCUGUGCAACACAGCAAGUGGGCUGCCGGCCGAUGGAAUUUCAUUGUAAGGAGGCCGAUGGUUGGGAGCAGAAAUGGAGCAGCAAACAGAAGGCCUUCUGCUGCGCCACCACAGGGAAGGGCUGCGAGAAGGCUCCCUUCAAGUGCCACACCAGCAGUGUCAAUCAGCCUAUCCUUUGGGAGAAGGAGCGACGUGAGUGGUGUUGUCUACACGCCAAAGUGGGAUGUCCAAGUUUCCAAGCGCCGUACAACUGCAAGUCUGGGACGAUCAAGAGCCGGGCAGAGUGGUCUCCGGGCAAAAAGCAAUGGUGCUGCGAUCAUUUCUUCACAGGCUGCGGUGAGGAGCGGAAGAAGCUGUAUGACUGUAAGGUCACUUCAGCCCAUGCAAUUGCUGCAUGGCCUGAUUUGCAAAAGGCCUGGUGUUGCCACAAUGAGCAAGUGGGCUGCAGCUCGGGACACAUCAUGGCCAAAUAUGACUGCGCGGACGGCUACUCCAACUGGCAAAGGGGAUGGUCAUCUCAGAAGAAAGACUGGUGCUGCGCAAAAGCAGGGAAGGGCUGUGAGAAGCACUAUGACUGUGAAAAGGCCCAGUCUCCUGAAGAGAAAGAGUUCUGCGGGUCAGCAAGCUUUGAUUGCAAGGCAGGCUACAAUCACUGGAAAGUUCUUUGGACAUCAGCCAAAAAGGACUGGUGUUGUAGCGCCUACGGCCGUGGCUGUGCUGCCAACGACGCCUACGACUGCAGCCACACUGACCAGCUGCAUACUUGGUCAGAAUCCCAGAUUAUGUGGUGCUGUCAGCAUCGUCGAGCUGGAUGCGGAGCAAAACACCAAUUUGACUGCUUCGCCGGCUAUGACAACUGGAAGGAAGGUUGGUCCAGCACAAAGAUGGUCUACUGUUGUGACCAAUUCGGGAUGGGUUGCGAACGCGACGGUGACCACUAUGAACACUUGGAGGAGCUUCAUAUCUCCAGCAGUGAUGAUUACGAUUGCACUGCGGGAUAUGACAAUUGGCAAAAGGGAUGGUCCCAAGACAAACAGAGCUUCUGCUGUGGGAAGUACAAACUUGGAUGCCCCAAGGGCUGGAGUCAGCAUCAGGUGCACUUCGGGCACCACUGGUCCAGUGACUGGUCCCGGCUUGGUCAUCAUGUUUGGGCCACCCAUAAGUCCCACCACAGCCACCACCACGGCCCGAUCAAGUAUGAUUGCGUCACCGACUAUGAGCACUGGCAGGUAAGCUGGUCUUCAAAACGAGCCAAAUUCUGCUGCCAGACGUACUCAGUGGCUUGCGACAAGGGCCACACAUGAGUCUUGGUCCUUGUGUUUCUGAAUCACUCCGUGGCCAUCAAAUGCUUUGAAAUACACAAGCGCACCUUGGG